UUUAAAAGCUGCAGAUUCUCGUGAUUAACAAAGCUACGUUGAAUUUUGUCAGGACUGUCAGGUGAAGCCGACCAACUACGAUCGAAGGGACAUGCCGCGAAGCACUUACUCGAUUCCGUAUGAUUGGCUAUUCCCAUUCGGAAGGAACGGUAAUGGUAUUUGGAAAAAUAUCCACGAGCUGCCGCUAAUGGCCGACAUCGAGUCUCUUCCCGAAUUAUUGAGCGUUCGUAUUCUGCGCGGAUUCAAGGAACCCGGUGGAAACCCGGUGAUCGAUCUUCAAAGGGCGCUCGGACGCUAUUGGAUGUCCGUUAGUUGAAUUAAUGUGUGCUUUUUACCAA